AUGUCUCAUGUUGUUGCAGGGUGUGAGGCUCCAAAAGCAGGCGAACAGGACGAGUCCGUGUGUAAGACGUACCUGUCGCGGCUGCAGGACCUCAGGGUUCGACUGGAGGGAUGUGAAAACCGCACCGUGACCCGACUGCGGCAAACGGUGGAAAAAGAACCGCUCAAGUCCUGCGCCCUGAAGACCGCCGAGCAGAUGAAGGUUCAGUCGGAGUUGGAAAGUCUGAAGAAGGAUCUGAACUUAAUCACUGAUAAAACGGAGGAGAUGCUUUCGACACCGCAGACUCUGAGCUCGGGUCCCGUCCUGAGAUCUGAGCUCGACCUGACCCUGAAAAAGAUGGACCACGUCUACGGCCUUUCAUCCGUCUAUCUGGACAAGUUAAAGACUAUCGACGUUGUGAUCAGAAACACCAAAGAAGCAGAGGACGCUCUCAAGUCCUACGAGACUCGCCUUCGGGAAGUUGGGAAAGUUCCGGCCUCAAAGAAGGAGGUGGACGAUCAUCGCAGUCAGCUCAAGAAAAUGCGCUCUGAAGCGGAGGCCGACCAGGAAGUGUUUGAGCGGCUUCAGGACCAGUUGAAAAAGGCCUCGGUCAUAAACGACAAGAUGAGCCGCAUCCACAGCGAGCGGGACGCAGAGCUGGAGCACUACCGCGGCCUGGUGGGGGCGCUGUUGGACCGCUGGCAGUGUGUGUUCGCUCAGAUCGACCUGAGGCUGCGGGAGCUGGACCUGUUGGGGAGACACAUGAACUCCUACAGUCAGAACUACGAGGCGCUCAUGCUGUGGCUGAAGGAGGCUCGGAACACUCAAGACAAGAUCCAGGCUGUGCCAGUAGGGGGCAGUAAGAGCCUGAAGCAGCAGCUGACUCAGGAGCAGAAACUUCUUGAAGAGAUUGACAAAAACAAGGACCAGAUUGAAGACUGCCAGAAAAAUGCCAAAUCUUACAUUGAUUCAGUGAAGGAUUAUGAGCUGCUGCUGUUGACCUACAAAGCCAUGGAGGACCCCACGGUGUCGCCUUUAAAGAAACCCAAGAUGGAGGGUUCCUCCGACAACAUCAUUCAGGAGUACGUGAAUCUGAGAACACGAUACAGCGAGUUGUUGACUCUGACCACUCAGUACAUUAAGUUCAUCACAGAGACACAGCGCCGCCUGGAGGAAGAGGAGAAAGCAUCAGAAAAGUUAAAGGAGGAGGAGAGGAGGAAGAUGGCAGAGAUGCAGGCUGAAUUAGACAAACAAAAACAAAUCGCUGAGGCUCAGGCCAAAUCUGUUGCUAAAGCAGAAGAAGAGGCACAACAGUUAAAGUCUCAAAUGAAAACUGAUGCUAGUAAGAGACAAGACGUGGCAGUGGACUCUGAAAAGCAAAAACAAAACAUUCAACAAGAACUGCAGCAGCUAAAGAGUCUGUCCGAUCAGGAAAUCAAGUCCAAGAACCAGCAGCUGGAAGAGGCUCUGAUAACACGCAGAAAGGUCGAAGAAGAGAUUCAUUUGAUUAGGAUUCAACUGGAGACGACUAUAAAACAAAAGACUGUAGCAGAAGGAGAGUUGGACAAACUCAGAGACAAAGCAUCAGACGCAGAGAAAAUAAGGAAAGCUGCUCAGGACGAAGCCGAACGACUGCGCAAACAGGUGAACGAGGAGACGCAGAAAAAGAAACAAGCUGAAGAUGAACUCAAGAGGAAAUCUGAGGCUGAAAAAGAAGCAGCCAAACAGAAACAGAAGGCCUUGGACGAUUUGGAAAAGUACAAAAUGCAGGCGGAGGAGGCUGAGAGGAGGAUGAAGCAGGCUGAGGUGGAGAAGGUCCGUCAGAUCAAAGUUGUGGAAGAAGUCGCUCAGAAAUCAGCAGUGACUCAACUGCAGGCGGCAAACUUCAGCGAGAAAACGACCAAACUGGAAGAGUCGCUGAAGAAGGAGCAAGGCACAGUCCUCCAACUCCAGGAAGAAGCAGAAAAAUUACGAAAACAGCAAGAGGAGGCCGACCGGGCGCGAGAGGAGGCUGAGAAGGAGUUGGAGCUGUGGCGGCAAAAGGCAAACGAAGCCUUGAGAUUGAGACUUAAAGCAGAGGAGGAGGCACAGAAGAAAAGCCAAGCUCAACAAGAGGCAGAGAGACAGAAAACAGAAGCAGAACGAGAUGCAAAGAAAAAGGCCAAAGCUGAAGAAGCUGCUCUCAAACAAAAGGAAAAUGCAGAGAAGGAACUAGAAAAACAACGAGGUUUCGCCGAACAAAUCGCUCAGCAGAAAUUAUCAGCCGAACAGGAGUGCAUACGACUGAAAGCAGAUUUUGAGCAUGCAAAUCAGCAAAGAGGUCUGUUGGAUACCGAGCUGCAAAGGCUGAAAAAUGAGGUGUGUGAGACAGAGAAGCAAAGGAAACUGCUUGAACAAGAGUUGGCCAAAGUCAGGGCAGAAAUGGACGCGCUGCUGCAAAUGAAAGCCAAAGCUGAAAAAGAAACGAUGUCCACUUCAGAGAAAAGUAAGCAGCUAUUGGAGACUGAAGCGCUGAAAAUGAAGCAACUGGCUGAAGAGGCUGCGAGGCUGCGGGCCGUGGCGGAGGAGGCCAAGAAGCAAAGACAAGCGGCAGAAGAAGAGGCCGCAAGACAAAGAGCUGAGGCCGAAAAAAUACUCAAAGAAAAACUUGCGGCUAUUAACGAUGCGACCAGAUUCAAGACUGAGGCCGAGGUGGCUCUAAAGGCCAAAGAAGCAGAGAAUGAAAGGUUGAAAAGAAAAGCCGAAGACGAAGCUUAUCAAAGAAAGCUGUUGGAAGAUCAAGCAGCGCAGCACAAGCAAGACAUUCAAGAGAAGAUAACACAUUUACAAAGUUCGUCCAACACAGAGCUGGAGAGACAGAAAACUAUUGUUGACGAAACUCUUAAACAAAAGAAAGUCGUGGAAGAGGAGAUUCAUAUCAUUAAGAUCAGCUUCGAAAAGGCAGCCAAAGAGAAAGCAGAUUUGGAAAAGGAGCUGAAGAAAUUGAAGACCGCUGCUGAUCAAACCCAAAAGAGUAAAAAUAAAGCUGAAGCUGAGGCAGAGAAAAUGAAAAAAAUAGCUGCAGAUGAAGAAAAGAAACGCAAAGAAGCAGAGGAGAAGGUGAAGAGAAUUACAGCGGCUGAAGAGGAAGCAGCCAGGCAGUGUAAAAAUGCUCAAGACGAGGUGGAAAGACUCAAGAAGAAAGCAGAAGAAGCUAACAAGCAAAGGGAAAACGCAGAGAAAGAGGCUGAACAACAAGCUGCGUUGGCAAAAGACGCUGCUCAGAAAUCCGCUGCUGCUGAACUCAAAGCUCAAAACGUCCUCAGCAAAAACAAGGAAGAUGGUUUGGCACAAGAGAAGCUGCAAAAGAACUACGAAAGCGCUAAGAAACUGGCCAAUGAUGCAGAGAAAGCAAAGGAGAAGGCAGAGAAGGAGGCCAUGUUAUUAAGGCAGAAAGCAGAGGAAGCAGAGAAGCAAAAGAAAAUGGCUGAAGAUGAAGCUGCGAAACAGGCCCAAGCUCAGAAAGAUGCAGAGAAAUUACGUAAAGAAGCACAAGAAGAGGCAGCAAAACGGGCUAAAGCUGAGGCAGAUGCUUUGAAUCUGAAAGCACAAGCCGACAAGGAAAUGGCUAAACAUAAAAAUGAUGCAGAACAGGCCCUCAAACAGAAAUCAGUUGUGGAAAAGGAAUUAGCUGUUGUGAAAUUACAACUGGAGGAAACUGACAAGCAGAAAGGAGUUCUGGAUGACGAGCUAAAGCGACUCAAGAAGGAGGUGGAUGACGCCGUCAAACAAAAAGCACAAGUUACUGAUGAAUUGACCAAAGUAAAGAAGCAAAUGGAUGAACUUCUGAAGAUCAAACUUAAAUUUGAGGAAGAGAACAGGCGUUUGAUGCAAAAAAAUAAAGAUGGCACUCAGAAAUUACUUGUGGAAGAAGCAGAGAAGAUGAAAGGUUUAGCAGAAGAGGCGGCUAGGUUAAGUGUGGAAGCCGAGGAGGCCGCUAAGCAAAGACUGUUAGCUGAAGCUGACUUAGCCGAACAGAGAGCAUUAGCCGAGAAGAUGCUAAAAGAGAAAAUGGAAGCGAUCCAGGAAGCAACAAAGUUGAAAGCUGAGGCAGAGGAGUUACAGAAACUGAAAAACCAGGCUCAGGAAAAUGCAAAGAAAUUAUUGGAGGAUAAGGAUAAGAUUCAGCAAAUAUUAAACAAGGAAACCGAAGGCUUCCAGAAGUCUCUAGAGGCCGAACGCAAAAGGCAGGAAGAGAUGACGGCUGAGGCCGACAAGCUCAAAAAGAAAGUGAAGGAGUUGAGCGACGCACAGGCCAAAGCUGAGGACGAAGCCAGGAAGUUCAAGAAACAAGCGGAAGAGGUGAAAACCCGGCUCGAAGUCAGUGAGAAACAAACGUCUGAGGUGGUGGUAAAAAAACUGGAGACACAAAGAUUACAAAGCACUAAAGAGGCGGACGAUCUGAAGAAGGCCAUUGCAGAUGUGGAGAAGGAGAGAGAGAAACUGAAGAAGGAGGCUGAGGAGCUGCAGAGGAAGUCCAAAGAGAUGGCCAGUGCCCAAAAGGAGCAGGUGGAGCAGCAGAAAGCUCUUAUGCAGAAAUCAUUUGUCCAGGACAAAGAAAUUUUACUGAAGAAAGACAAAGCAAUGGAGGAAGCCAAGAAUAAACUAGAGAAAGAGCUGGAGGAUGAAAUGAAAAAGGCCAAAGCUCUCAAAGACGAACAAGAACGGCAGAGGAAGCUGAUGGAGGAGGAGCAGAAAAAGUUACAGGCCAUUUUAGAUGAAGCCCUCAAGAAACAGAAGGAGGCUGAGGAAGAGAUGAGCAAAAAACAGAAAGAAAUGCAAGUGCUUGAUAAGAAGAGACUAGAGCAUGAGAAGCUUCUGGAAGCUGAAAACAAGAAGCUCAGAGAACAACUUCAGAACCUGGAGGGAGCUACAACUGCUGCAAAACCAACCAUAUCUGGAACUAAAGAGAUCCAGAUCCAGGCCGAUAAAGUACAGGAGCAGCUUGUAAGCGUGACUACAGUGGGAACAACCAAGAAAGUGUUCAAUGGAUCUGUGGAUGUGGAUGGUGAGAAGAAAAACAGGGAUUCUCCUCUUGCUUUUGACGGUAUAAGAGAGAAGGUACCUGCUGAGAGAUUGCACGACAUUGGCGUUCUGAGCAAAAAGGAGUUUGAGAAGUUGAAAAAGGGCAAAACAACAGUGCAAGAACUCUCCAAGAGCGAUAAAGUCAAGAGGGAGGACAAGAAGAGGGCGUCGGCUCCAUUUGAAGGUCUCCGGGCCCCAGUUUCGGCUGAUUCUCUGCUGGACUCCAACAUUAUUGACAAAGCCACAUAUGACAAGCUCCAACAAGCCAUGAAGAAGACCAUGAUUCGACCCGGUACUGCCUUUGAGCUCCUGGAGGCCCAGGCUGCAACUGGUUAUGUGAUAGACCCAAUUAAAAAUCUUAAACUUACCGUCAACGAAGCUGUUAAAAUGGGAGUGGUGGGACCAGAAUUCAAAGACAAACUGAACUCAGCUGAACGUGCGGUCACUGGUUAUAGAGAUCCUUACUCUGGCAAAGUCAUCUCUCUUUUCCAAGCCAUGAAAAAGGGGUUAAUCCUAAAAGAUCACGGUAUUCGCUUGCUCGAGGCUCAAAUUGCAACCGGAGGUAUUAUUGACCCUCAAGAGAGUCAUCGCUUGCCUGUUGAAGCAGCUUAUGAGCGUGGGCUAUUUGACGAAGAAAUGAAUGAAAUCCUGACCGAUCCGUCAGACGACACUAAAGGCUUUUUUGACCCUAACACAGAAGAAAAUCUCACCUAUCUUCAGCUCAUGGAGAGGUGCAUGACCGACCCUGAAACUGGCUUGGCACUUCUGUUGCUCAAAGAGAAGAAGCGCGAGAGAAAGACCUCGUCAAAGUCCUCUGUUCGCAAGAGACGAGUCGUCAUCGUAGAUCCAGAGACAGGCAAAGAGAUGUCUGUGUAUGAAGCUUAUCAGAAGGGCCUGAUUGACCACCAGACUUACAUUGAGCUGGCUGAACAAGAGUGCGAAUGGGAGGAGAUAACCUUCACCUCUGCAGAUGGAGUCGUGAAGUCCAUGAUUAUCGAUAGGCGCUCAGGAAGACAGUACGACAUUGAUGACGCCAUUUCAAAGGGACUUAUUGAUAAAUCAGCAGUGGAUCAAUACAGAGGUGGCACCUUGUCUAUUACAGAGUUUGCUGACAUGCUUUCUGGAAACAUGAGUGGAAACAGAUCACGGUCAUCAUCCUUUGGAUCCUCCUCUUCAUACAAUAUGAGUCCAAUACCCUCCAUCAAAACACCAGCAACUACAUGGAUCGACCCCACUGAGGAGACCGGACCAGUGGCGGGAAUAUUAGACACUGACACUCUGGAAAAAGUGUCUGUCACUGAGGCUAUACACAGAAAUCUAGUGGACAACAUUAGUGGACAAAGGUUGCUCGAGGCUCAAGCUUGCACUGGUGGCAUCAUUGACCCAAACACAGGCGAGAGGUUUUCAGUCCCAGAUGCCGUGAAUAAAGGACUACUGGACAAAAUCAUGGUUGACCGCAUCACUCUUGCUCAAAAAGCCUACAAUGGUUUUGAAGAUCCAAGAACCAAAACUCAAAUGUCUGCUGCCCAAGCAUUGAAGAAGGGCUGGCUGUACUACGAAGCCGGUCAGAGGUUCCUGGAGGUUCAGUAUCUGACCGGAGGCUUGAUUGAACCUGAUGUCACUGGAAGAGUCUCUGUGGAUGAUGCCCUAAGGAAAGGAACCUUAGAGGCACGUACAGCACAAAAGCUCAGAGAUGUGAGCGCUUAUACAAAAUACCUCACCUGUCCCAAAACCAAACUGAAGAUCUCCUACAAGGACGCCAUGGACAGAAGCAUGAUCGAAGAGGGCACCGGGCUGAGGCUGCUGGAGGCCGCGUCCCAGUCCAGUAAAGGUCUGUACAGCCCCUACAGCAUCAGCGGCUCCGGGUCGGCCAGCGGCUCCAGAUCCGGGUCUAGGACUGGAUCUAGGUCGGGUUCUCGGCGAGGAAGCUUCGACGCCACCGGGACCGGCUUCAGCAGCACCUUCUCCUCCACCUCCUACGGGACUCCCUCCUAUAGCUCCGCCUCCUUCGGCUCUCCGAGCUACACUCGCCUCCAGGUGCAGCCUGACGUCUCUAAAGAGUCGUCUUCUUUCUGCUUCAACGUCUUCCUCAAAUCCUCUGCAUUUAUUUAA